CUCCCCGAAGCACGGCGGCCAUGUUGGAACAGAACCGGGGGAAGGAAGCGAAAUACGACGAGCUCUCAAAUUUUCCCACUUCGACACACACGUAGUCCCAUAAGGGUCGCACGGUUGUCUCCAUAACAGUUACACGUCGUUUGAGCUCCAGAUUCAUCGAGCGUCACUUCAGCGGGCCGCUUUGGGAGGUGGCAGGACGAUGAGCAACAACAAUAAUAAGAGGGCACCAACGACAGCGACACAGAGACUAAAACAGGACUAUCUUCGCAUAAAGAAAGACCCUGUGCCUUACAUUUGUGCAGAACCUCUCCCAUCUAAUAUCUUGGAAUGGCAUUACGUUGUUCGAGGACCAGAAAAAACACCUUAUGAAGGUGGUUAUUAUCAUGGAAAGCUCAUAUUCCCACGAGAAUUUCCCUUCAAGCCUCCCAGUAUCUACAUGAUAACACCAAAUGGGAGGUUUAAGUGCAACACAAGGUUGUGUCUGUCUAUUACUGACUUCCAUCCCGACACAUGGAACCCUGCCUGGUCUGUGUCCACCAUCCUGACAGGCCUCCUUAGCUUUAUGGUGGAAAAAGGUCCUACCCUGGGCAGCAUUGAAACAUCAGACUACACGAAACGACAGCUUGCAGCUCAGAGCCUGGCUUUCAACCUCAAGGACAAAGUGUUCUGUGAGCUGUUUCCGGAUGUUGUUGAUGAAAUCAAGCAGAAGCAGGAGGCCCAGGAGGAGCUAAGCACUAGACCUCAGGCGCUGCCGCUCCCGGAUGUGGUGCCAGAUGGGGAGGCUCACAACGUUCAGAAUGGGCUCCCGGCCUUGAAUGGGCACUUACCCGAGGUUGCCGGUGGUAACCAUGCUGUGCUUCAGCAAGCCAACCGCAACCAUGGACUCCUGGGAGGAGCCUUGGCAAACCUGUUUGUCAUCGUGGGCUUUGCAGCUUUUGCCUACACGGUUAAGUAUGUACUGCGAAGCAUAGCACAGGAGUGAGAGAACACCAAAGCGGAGGGGUUUUCCUGUUCACCCAGAGGAAGACCUUAAAACCAAGCAACCAACCAGGAGGAGGGUGAACCUGUGAGACUGAAGGGAGGAGGGGACUGAUACAGGGAAAGCCCUUCACAGGUCCUUUAAACACAUAUAUGAAGAAAACAAGUCCAGCUUGUGGGUAUUGAGAACGCCUCUGACAUGUCACGGUAGCGUCACUGUUUUUUGUCAUUGCUCAUAAAUUUAAAAAAAACAUGAACAAAGAUGUCCCACAUAUCACCCCUGGCCAGCUCCAAAUUACCAUGCAAAUGUAUGCAUUUACUUUAUGUGUUGUACAAAGUGGAACAGGUAUGUGAAAGGAUUACUGUCAGGCCAGGUUGGAACCUUGGUUUUGUCAGCACUUCAUUUAAAUCAGUUAUUUUUUAUCAACUGUUCUGAGAGAGUUUUUCUUUUUUUUUUUUUUUUUUAAACUAACUAUCCAUUCCAUGCUUGGAGCGAUUACUGUGCUCCCACCCUUUGUCUUUUUCUUUGUUAUAUAGUUGCAGGAAACUUGGUCAACUGAAAAAUGGGUCACAGAAUUUGAAAAUGAUGGAUCUCCAUGCUUGUAAGACUUCCCAGAUAUAUGUUGCAUUAUUUUGUGUUUGAGAAUUGGAAGUAAAUGCAAAUUUAUGGUCACAAAUUGGUUUAAUAUUUUAUCCUGACAUUACUGGCCUGAGAAGCUAUAUUUUUGUUCUUUAGUCAUGUUAACAGCUGUGGGACAUGCAUCUGAACAGCUCCUUUUUGAAUUCUUUGGAUAAUAAAUUAAGUACAUAGAUAUACCCCAGAGAGAACACUUUAUUGUGCUUUCCCUGAUAUCGGCAUUGGAAAUUUUAAUUCAGGCCACCUCAAGUAAGUCCAGUGAGAUUUUUUUUAAAUUAAACAUCACUGUAAUAAGUGUUUUUUAUAAAAGGCGCCUUCAGGUGCAAUACAACACUAAAUUCAGAUUACCAUAUGCAGACUGAGUGAGAACUGUGUUCUUAAGAUGAUUAUCACUUGACUUUUAGUAAACAAUGCUUGAUACGGAUACAUUAGUGUUGGAGUGUUAAGGUGUAAACCUUUGUGCAAUAUUAUUUGAUGGUUUCGAGUAAAUA